AUGGACAAAUACGCGCGUAAUUAUUUGGCUGAAGGUGUGAAGAAUAAAGAAGACAUAAUCGUGACCGUCGAUUCAGAAAUAUAUAAGAAUCUCAAUCAACAUUACAAUCGGAACAAUCACAUACAGCCACCCGAAAGGUUAGUGUCGGUGAUUCAAGAGACGUUACGUGAGUUCUUUAAUGCAAUACAAAAUGGUCGGGAUGCCGAACCGUCUUGGAAGAAGACAAUCUAUAAGAUUAUCAAUCGUAUGGAUGAUCCAAUCCCGGAAUACUUCAAGGAUCCAAAUUUUCUCGAGCGAUUAGAAGGAUGA